AUGCCGUUCGAGGACCUCGACGUGGUCUCAAGGGAGAUAGAAAGCCUGCUUAGCCAGGACAGCGACGAUAGCGAGGCUCCGGCGGAUCUGCCAGACAUGAGGAAUUUAUCGGACCAGCUACCCACAGAGCUUCCGAGCCCUCUUGUUACUCCUGAAAUCGGCCGCGGCGCCCGACUGCCGACGUCCGUUCGUCAGUUUUCGUCGGCCUCGACGUCAGAACGUAGCCAGGCCUUGUCAAACGCUAAAUUCAAGCUACCGCUGCCGGCAAUCGUGGACGAGAAGGUGGAUAUGGCAAGGAGCGGGGACGAGAUGGGAGAGAUAAGUGCGUCGAAAGUGCUGAUGCUAUUGAAGAGCGACGAAAAACGAACGAGUAUUGAGAGUUUACUGAAUUAA